GGCGGCGGCCGCGGUUUUGUUCCGCCGGCGCCGAGGCGCGUCGUCCCCGCGGGAUCAGUGCGGCCUGUGCGGCCGCAGCCCCUCGCUCCUCCCGGCCGCGCUCGCGUUCCGGGCCCGGCGUGCUCGGCACGGGACGGCGGCCGGGCCCGGCGCGUCCCCCGCCCGCGGCGCCCCGGAGCGCGGAGGCGGGGACGGAGAGCGCGGCCGGGCGCGAGCGGCCGCCGGGACGGAGCCGAGCGACGCGAAGCUGUACCCGCUCGCAGGGCCCCGCACCCCGACGCUGUCCCCACUAGCCGGAGGGGCCCCGCACCCCGCAGCUGUUCCCCUUAGCCGGAGGGUCCCCGCACUCCGCAGCUGUUCGGGCGCUGCUGGCGUUUCUCAUAACGGCAUCGCAAGCGUCUGAGGACACUCGGAAGUGGACUUGGUGUGGCUGCCCAGCCUUCCUGCUCCGGAAGGAGGUGCAGUGCAGGCACUGUGAAAGCCUGUUUUUCCACGCCGGAGGCCUGCGGUGGCCAUGGCCAGCUCAUCUGCACGACAGGGUCCUUGCAGUGUGUGGGCCUCCUGAGGGUCCCAUGUCCUGGAGCCCCAGAGCCCCCCCAGCGUGGACAGGGGGCACGGGCCCCCGACCAUGGUCACGCUUAUAACUGAGAAGCUGCAGAAGCAGAGUCUCGAUGACCUGGCCUGGAGUGGCCGCGAUGCUGGCCUGUGCUCUGCCGGAACUGUGAGCACCAGAGGCCACUGGCUCCCUUCGGAGAUCAGAGGUCAGCGUCCCUGGACGGUCACUGGUGGGCAGACUGCCAGGUACCCCUGCACCCUCAGCCCUAGCCUGGGUGCUGUCAGUGCCUCGGACCUCAGGGAACACGCUGGCCCCCCCUUGGCACCCCCCACCAAGCGUCACUGCCGCUCCCUGUCAGAGCCGGACGAACUCGCCCGCUGCCGCUCCCCGUGGCGCCCCGGGGGCUCUACAGUCUGGACCCCUGUGUCCAAGCGGCGUUGCCACAGCGGCGGGAGCAGCACACUGCAGGGGAGCCCUGCGCCCCGGCCCUCCUCCGCCAGCAGCAGCUUCCUGGAUGGGGGCCGCAUGGAAGGGGACCCCGCCGGGCGAUCUGCAGGGCCCUGGGCGCUGUCUUCCCAGCGACGCCUGUCCCUGUCACAGGAACACCUCGCGGGCACCCGGCCCUCAGCCAGCAGCACCCCGUCGUCAACCCCUGAACUGGGCCGUCGGCUGGGCCUGCUGCGUUCCCGCUCGCAGCCCUGCGCGCUCAAUGGGAGGCAGAGCCACCGCAAACGCAGGCGUGAGGAGGAAGCGCGAGGGCCCCGCCCGUCCUUGGACUUUCUGAAAAUGACUCGAACCUUGAAGAAUUCCAAGAGCCUGUGCUCCCUCGACUAUGAGGACGAGGACGAGGAUGACACCCAGGCAAAGGCGGCCAUGUCCUCCCUGCGGGACCCCCACGGCCUGGCAACUGGCCUCACCUGUGGCUGCAGCCCCUGGGCCUUGAGAGCACUGGCGGGUGCAGAAGGCGGGGUCCUGGAGAAUUGGGGCAGCACUGGGGUGGAGGGCGUCUUCUCCCUGGACCGUGGGGAGCUGGACCUUGAACAGAUUGAGAAUAAUUGAGGAUGCUCCCUGAGCAUCUCCCGGCCCUUGUAUUGGAUGGUUGUGGAAGAAGCUGCCUCCUCCUGGUGGCUGUCGGCUGACAACCUGCAGCCCCUGGGUGCCUGGGCCCCGCCGCCCCCACUUGCUCUCUGGGGUGAGUGGGUGGCGGGCAGGUCCAGUGGUCCCCACAUUCUGGUGGCACCGAUGUUCAUUCCUGACUUAAUAAAGCAACAGGGAUUUCUAGCA